AUGAAUAAUCUUUCAUUUAGUGCGCUAUGUUGCCUCUGCUGCUGUCCACCUUGUCCAGGGAAAAUUGCUUCAAAAUUAGCAUUUUUGCCACCUGACCCAACUUACGCGCUGAUGUGUGAUGAAAGUGGAAGCCGCUGGACGUUACGCCUAUCAGAACGAGCGGACUGGCAAUAUUCUUCUAGAGAAAAAGAUGCUAUUGAGUGUUUCACGACUAGAACCAGUAAAGGCAACAGAAUUGCCUGCAUGUUUGUGCGCUGCUCACCCAAUGCCAAAUACACUUCACUCUUUUCACACGGAAGUGCUGUUGAUCUUGGUCAGAUGAGUGGCUUUUACGUAGGACUGGGAUCAUGGAUUAAUUGUAAUAUAUUCUCAUAUGAUUAUUCUGGAUAUGGUGCAAGUUCUGGGAAACCAACAGAGAAGAACCUCUAUGCAGACAUAGAAGCUUCUUGGCUUGCUCUUAGGACAAGAUAUGGCAUUCGCCCUGAAAACGUGAUUAUAUAUGGCCAAAGUAUAGGGACAGUACCAUCUGUGGAUCUUGCUGCUUGGUAUGAGAGCUCUGCUGUUAUUCUUCAUUCUCCUUUGACCUCAGGAAUGUCAGUUGCUUUUCCUGAAAACAAGAAGACCUACUGUUUUGAUGCAUUCCCAAACAUCGACAAAAUCUCUAAGAUUACCUCUCCAGUAUUAAUAAUUCAUGGGACUGGAGAUGAAGUCAUUGACUUUUCACAUGACCUCGCAUUGUUUGAGCGUCGCCAAAGACCUGCGGAGCCUCUGUGGGUUGAAGGGGCAGGUCACAAUGAUGUGGAACGUUAUGGACAGUAUCUUGAAAGAUUGAAACAGUUUGUGUCACAGGAACUGGUAAAUUUGUAAAAUAUUCUGAAGAUUUGCAUACUGGGUUUUCUUUCUUGCUGAACUGCACUCUUUGGUAAAUAACAUAAAACCUGAAGGUUUUGUUUGCAAAUCAUGUCAGUUGCCUUCAUAAAUGUACAGGUAAUGAUUUGUUAACAGACUUAAUGAAGGCUUUAAUUACCAAACUAGAAACUGCAAAUAACAGUAUCAUGCAGUCAGGCUGUGUAAUUUAUAUUUUUUCUGUGACUUUUU